AUGUCUACCCAGGUUAUUGACUUUCAAGAUUCCCAUCAUUUCUACCACAAGGGAGUCGAAUCACGCCCUAAGUGGGCAUUUGAUGAAGCUCGAAAGCAAAUCAUCGCCAAGUACGGAAGACUUAUGAGCGCUAUGCCAAACACGGCGCAUGUUGUUUUCCAGGACUUUGAAGGAAAGGGUAACGGAGGUUCUGUAGCACGCAUAGGGGUGUUUGUUGGAGACCUCUCGGUUACAGGUGCGGGCAGUAAAACAAAGGCACCAACUGUACUCAGCCCGUCAAGGCAAUGGGAAACCUGGUUUGAUGUUCAUUAUCAGGUCAAACUUAUAUUUGUGUCCUCUAAUGACGAGGGUAAGGUCUCUACUGGGAAAUCGAUUGAGGAGAUUAAUAAUGAAAUUGAGAGAGGAACUCAAGGGGCUUCCCCUGACUGGCUAUAUUACAAGAUGAAAUAUUCCUUACAUGUCUUUAAUUACAAUGGUAUGGGAGAGCGAAGGAAUGCUAUAUUUGAAACAGAGUUCUACCCCUUGCAGCGUCGCUUCUUCACCAAGUUUGAGCAAAAGCUUGAUAUUAUUUUGCUAGAAUCAAUCUACAAUCUUCUAAAGAACGCUGAAGUGGACGAUUCUCAGAGUUCCAUCAAGCUCAACACGAAUAUUCGGGAACGACAAAAUCACCCAGUCGACAAUGCGAGCAGUGAAGAAACCAUACUCCGGCUUACUAAAAGCAGAAAAAGACAAGAUAUCGAUCUCUAUAUCAUGCCAGCUGAUUUCGGAGGUUUGGCAUUGAUGCCACUCAAGAAGACCUACAAGCUAAUGACGUUGAAUGAGAAGCCGCACAUGUCCAGGGAAGCAGUUAAUAGAGAAGGAAAGGGGAAGUCAGGACUGUCGCGACCAGAAGAGAAGGCCUUGCUCAAAGACCAGCAAAGGCGAGCAAGACUAGAUGGCGAUUCUGGAAAGUCCGACAAUGAUCCGAUUGAAGAUGGACAGAACCAUGGGCGUCCAAGACCUAAGAAGACUCUGAAACUGAAAAAGAGUCUGAAGUCAUAA